AUGGCCAGUGGGCGUCCCCGAAGGGGGAACACUGGGGAUGAGCUGUUCCUGAACUCCCCCUCGUCAUCGACGGAGGUGCCGGUGCAACCCCUUCGUAUCCAGAAGAGAGUUGGCUCGCCGUCCGACAUUAGUCAGGGCAUGGCUCCCCCGCCCCCACAAAACUCCUUUCUCGCGCAACCCGCUCAGCGGCGCCCGACAUUCCCCAACGCCGUAGGAUCGGCAUCCGGCUCACCGAAUCUGCCUUAUCCCGAUAGGCCGGCCGCCGAGAGAAUAAUCGGACAGCAGCAGCAGCAGUUCCAGCACGGCGAUCUUCCUUACCCUGACCGCGAGCGCAAUAACCAUAGCCGUCAAGAUUCUUUUACAGCUCCACUCCCGGAGCGAGCCUCAACCCCCCAGUCGGCAGCGUCCGCGGGUGCCCCCCAACCUACCCGACAUGUGUCCGUCGCGCACGCUGAUGCCUACCCUACCCCGCCGCCCUUCAAGCCACGCGAAGGACGCCCCCAACGUCUUCCAAGGCAAAACUCUCGUCCCGAAUCUCCAACCCCUCAUCCUCAUCCCGAAGGUGGAGGUGGCCCACCCUCUCCCGAUCCAAUUCUGAACCCCUUUCCUCAAUUUCACCAGCAGUAUUGGCCUCCCCCAAGUAGAAUGACGUCGACAUCAACUACGGCGGCGCGCAGGGGAUCUCCCCCGCCACCGGAAACUCCCGCUUCCGCCGCUGCUGCUGAGCAGCCGCUGGUAACCUUCCCUGCCAACGUCGCUACUCAGAGGCGCGGCGGAGCCCGUGGACGGAGUAACACGGGCCAAUCUCGCACCCCGCCGCAGGCACAGGCAGUCAUCCCUCCGGCACAACCCCAGCAAGCCCCAGUGGAGGCUCCCGUAGAAGCUCCCCCGAGACCCUGGACUCCGACUGAGGCCCCGGGAUCUUAUCCUCACGGGCCCCCGACCGUCUGGCAGGGUACCGGCGGACAAGAAGUCCCCGCACAGACCGGAGGGGGGGGACGGCCCAAUCCUCCCCAAAACCCUGUAAGUGUGAAUACGCAGGCUCAGCAAGCACUGGAACAGGACUUCCAGCGCAUGAAUAUGAGCGCGAGCCCACCGCCGUCAUACGCAAGCUUGAGCCACGCCGGAAGUGGCUCCUCCAAUGGAACUGCCCAAGGGUACCCGAACGAGAAACACACCGUAGUGGUCGGCGCAGCCGUUCCCCGAGAGCUUCCGCACAACAACCACACAGCUCACCCAGCAUUCCACAAUGAUCCCCCUCAGGAACAACUCCAACAGGCGCCUCAGCCACCGGUCCAAUCCCAACCCCAGCAGCCGCCUCAGCAACCGCCUCAGCAGCAAGAGCAGCAGCGGCAACAACCGCCUCAACCCCACCCCCAAGAGCACUCUCAGAGCCCCCAUCCAUCAUUUCCUCAGGAGCAGCCGCACUUUACCCCUCCACCUGGAGUUGGCCCUUCAUCUCCUCCUCCGCUUCCUGAAGGGUGGAUGGCCCAUUUGGAUCCAAACUCGGGGCAGUAUUACUAUAUCCAUAUUCCCACUUCUAGAACCCAAUGGGAACCUCCUCUCCCCGAGCCAGCCUUUAACCCCCCUUCUGUGGCAUCACCGGCAUUGUCGACGUCUGCCUAUUCUAACAUUGCGCCCUUAGCUUCACCGGGGUUUGCUCCUCCUAUGACAUUUACCGAUCCAAGUAUGAGUGGGAUAACAUCACCUCCUCCUUUAGUUCACAGUAAUAGCUUCCCUAUACAGCCGCCUGUCCCACAGUUACCGUUGGCUGGGAUCGCAUUAUACAACGUCGCGCCUGCGAAUGGCGAGUAUUUCGGGCCGUACCUGCGGUAUACUAACAUGGAUAUUGAGCGUGGAAUAUGGCUAGGGUCGAUCAUGAUCAUCACAGCAAACCCACAGCCUCCAACUGUACAUCUUCACCAAAGCGUAGACCUCUCACCAAAUCCUCGUCAACUGAAGGCCAAUCCUAUACACACCCAUAAGACAUACACCUUCUAUCGAUAUGAUAUCGAUAUCCAAAUGGCAGAUGUGGGGGCCAAAUGGACUUAUGCCAUAACCUCACACUUAGGAUGCACGAGAUAUGAGUUCCUCGUCGCUGGAAGGGCCGAGCGUAACUGGAGAUUUAUUGCGCACAGUUGUAAUGACUUUUCAUUGAGUGUAAAGGCUGAGGAACGGACAAAGUUAGGAGGUGUUGGGUUUAUGUGGAAGGAUGUCAUGCAGAAACAUAUCGAAACUGGAGGAUUCCAUGCUCAACUGCCAGGGGGCGAUCAGAUCUACGCGGAUAGGUUAUGGAGAGAGAUCCCGCUGCUAAAGGUUUGCGCGACAUACCCCAUUGAUAACCUGACAAUCUAAAAAGUUAUGUCCAGGAAUGGCUCGAGAUCAAAGGGAAAGAAAACAGGAAGGCAGCACCUUGGACUGCCGCACACGAAGAGGAAGUCACGCAUGCCUAUUUCCAUUACUAUUCAGCGCACUUCGACCAGCCACACUUGAAGGAGGCAUGGGCUCAGAUACCGCAUUUGUGCCAGAUUGACGAUCAUGAUAUGUAUAGCAUCCUUCGCCCCUAGUGACGUAACACGUAAUUCUGACCCCUUACGAUAUAGAUUUGACGGGUUUGGCUCAUACCCGGAAUACAUGCAAUUCUCGUCAAUGUUCAAAAACAUCGGUCGUGUGGCCGUGCACUGGUAUCUACUCUUCCAGCACCACACAACCUUAGACAUCCUUAACGCUUCCCCCGACGACCGAGACCUCUUCACAGUGACCGGCACCGGCUGGCACUUUGUCAAAUACCUCGGGCCCGCCAUCGCUGUCGUUGGCAUCGACUGCCGUUCAGAGCGAAAUCCCCAACAAGUCAUGGCCGGGCCAACUUACCAAGGGAUCUUCCCGCGAAUAGCUACACUGCCACCCUCGGUCCAGCACUGCAUACUAAUGGUCUCGGUACCGGUAAUAUACCCACGUCUGGAUACCGCGGAAUCCGUCGUCAACACCGUAGCGACGGGGAAAAAGGCUGUCACGGGGACGUAUAAUCUGCUCGGGAAGGUUGUGGGGUCGGCGGCAGGGAUUGUGGGUGGGAAGGAGGUUGUGGGGAGCGGAUUUCAGAGCGUUAAGAAGGCCUUUGGAAAGAGUGGAUUGAUGAGCUCUGUUGUUAGCGUUUUUGGGGAGGUCGAUCUCUUGGAUGAUUUGAGGGAUCAUUGGACACAUGAGUCGAAGGUAUGGGAGUGCUGCAUUUUCACACUACGUGAGUAACAGGCGGUGCUAACGGUUUAUUACAGGAUCUCGAGAGAACCUACCUCAUCAGAACUCUCCAAGGGAUCUCCCAUAGCAGGGGCUUACGAAUGACAUUCCUGAGCGGAGGUGAGCCCUCUAUCCAUCUCCACGUACCCUCUCAAUAUCCUAACAUAAAAUAGACGUCCACUGCUGCGGCGCCGGCCUAGUCCACGACCCGACAAAACCUCAAGACCACAAAACAAUGCAUGAUUCCACUCCCUUCUCUCCCCCUUCCUCCUCCCUCUCAGUAACUAACCCCCUACGCAGGUACCAGAUAAUCGCCUCAGGAAUAGUAAAUUCCCCCCUGCCAAACGUGGUGCUAAAAAUCCUGCACAACAACAAACCCCUCUACGUCCCCCAAAACGGCAUGCGAAGCACCGGCGCACCCUCAGACACCAAAGAGGACAUGCUAGAGAUCUUCCAGACCGAUGUUAACGGCCAAUUCCGGGAACUGAAAAAGCUAAUGGCUAGAAGGAACUACGCCAUUUUCUGCGCUUUUGACCCGCAAUCCGCCGCGGGCAGCCCCGUUGGCGCCACAAGUGCGCAGGGCGGAAGCCUGAGCCUCGCGGUAGAUUUCAUUGUCCAGGGCGAGGGAGUGUACUCUAACACCGCCAAAUAUGGACCGGUGGUGGUGCCCAGGGUUGAAUUUGGACAUUAG